CGAUAUUAUGUUGAUUCUAUGUAAUUAUCUGCGAUACUAUGACCCAGUAUCAAUCUCGAUGAAUAAAAGCUCACAAGCACAAAAUAAAAUAAGAUUCCUAUAAAUCGUAAAAAAUAAUCGAGAUAAAAUCAUCUAAACCUAAUACACACCAUAUAGUGACGAUUCUUAAAAACUACGAUGCUUGAAUAUCCAAGAAAGUUCUCCUGCAGGAUAAAUCUUACAUGUUGCUCGCAUAAACAUUUUCAGACAAUAUGCUUAUAAGCAGAACAAAGACCUCCAUUCCUUGAACAAAGAAAACUUCACAAAAGAACACACCAAAACACAAAAUAAUCACUGAACAAUGCCAAAAUCCUUAAAUAUAGUUCCUUCCAUAUUCCUCUGCUCUGCAAAAAGUCAGGACACCAUCCACUAAUACCUAGCUAACUUACACAUACCACAAGAUGUCAGAACACUACGUACCAACAACUUCAAGUGACUCGGAAUCUCUAAUUGAUGAGCCGAUCAUUUGUUUCGUCACUGAUUGUAACUAUCCCUUUGGUUCAGCAUGUCAAAAUUGUGCAAUGGAAUUUGAAGCUCGAGCUGCUGCGAAAGCAAAAGCAAGAAAAGAUGCUAAGGAUGGAGUCAACAAGGCGGCAGCACAGAAACUCAUGGAUAUGAAAUAUCAAGCAGGUAGGCGCAGUGAAGACAUUUCCGAGAGAGUUGCCGAUAUUGUGGAAGAUCUUCAAGCUAUCUUUGCUUUUACUCAACCUAAGCCACAGGAACCAGCUGAGCUGACCUGGGGGAAUUUACAAAUUCAUGACUCUACACCUGCACCACUCAAAUUAAUGGAACAGUCGAUAUUAAGCUUUGGAAAUCCAAGCUCAGGUAACAAUCCUACUCAUAACCAGAGGCUCAAUUCUUGGCUCAAUAAACUCGUUAAAAGGACCCUUGAUGGGUUUCUAUUUAACUCUCUUUUCAGCGGAGGUGCAGAUGCAGAAGAUCCAAAGGAAGUUAAUUGUCCAUACUGUUCUUUAUCAACGGGUGAAGGAGCAUGGAAAGAAUUGCACUUGAUGAAGUGCAAGUACGCUCACGAAGAAGCCAAGAAAUUGGAAAUCGCGAGAGAAAAGUGGUCGAAAAGGAGGAAUUGUUAGAUGAAGGAAGUGAUGGAAGCUUCACAUAGCUGGACCAAAUUAUUAUAUUCAAAUCAUCCAGAGUAUCCCAAAUCCGAGGUGAAGGAAGUGACGGAAGCUGCAUAUAGCUGGACUAAACCGUUAGAAUCAAAGCAU